ACGUGCGUGCGUCUCUGAAGAGAUUCCCUCUGUCCCGCAUAACCGACACGACCCCUCACGGAGCGCCGGCGUCUCUCUUCUGUCCUCCCACCUUACCAACUCCAACCGUCCAAACAUGCCUUCAAACGUGAACCCACAAGGGGGGAAAGCCUUUGGGCUGCUUAAAGCACAGCAGAGGGACAGACUGGAGGAAAUAAAUAAGGAGUUUUUGGAAGAUCAGAAGUACAGAGAUGAGGAGGAUUUGGCAGAAAAGCUGGAUUCUUUUAAAAAUAAAUAUGCAGAAUUUGACCUGAACGAUCAGGGGGAGAUCGACAUGAUGGGUAUGAAGAGAAUGAUGGAGAAGCUGGGUGUGCCAAAGACUCAUCUGGAGAUGAAGAAAAUGAUCUCGGAGGUGACAGGGGGAUGUAGCGACACCAUCAACUACAGGGACUUCGUCAAAAUGAUGCUUGGCAAGCGAUCAGCUGUUCUUAAACUGGUUAUGAUGUUUGAAGAUAAAGCUAACGGAACCAGCUGUAAAGCUGAUGGGCCGCCACCCAAACGUGACAUCACCAGCCUACCAUAGAUCCAGAGAAGAGGGAAGAGGAGUUCGAGUGACGUCUCUGCAUUCGCAAAUCCUUCCCAUGUAACAUUAGGGGCUAGGCCUUACCUAGAAUAUUUUGCCAAGACCCAGGGAAAAUCAUAGUUCAACGAAGGACAAAAUUGGGAAAAAGAUAUCUAUAUAUAUUUGCUGUGAAUCAGUCAAAGCGCAGAGUAGCUUUUUAUAUGUAAACAAAUGUAUAUAUUUAUAUAAAAAGGGGGUUUUUGAAUGGUAUUUCCAAGCACAAAUCAUGUGAGUGAUGUAAUAGUCAAGUUUAUAUUGUGUAACACUCCGUCUGUACUAAGUAUAGGGUGAACAGGAUGAUACCAUUUUUAGAUAGUAAGAAAACAUUUUAGAAUUAAUAUUGAGAAUUAAGAUUUCUCUCCUCCAAAACCCUAGUGUGCGUGUUUUAUCAUUCCAGUACUUUUGUGUUUGCCAGUUCAGUCUAAUUCGCUUUAGCUUUUGCUUAUUCCGCCCAUCAUUUCCUAACGUGUGACAUCAUAGAUGUGUGUGGGGCAUUCUGUUAUAGUAAGAUUCAUUUAGUACCAGUUGCUAUGAAACAACUUCAUUUGGUUUGUUUUGGUGCUCCUCAAAGUAGGAUUUCCUUUGUAUUUAUAACAUUUCUUGACAGGAAGGAGAGUGGAACAUUGCAGUUUAUCUCUAUAUCUCUCCUUUUUAACUUGGAUGGCGUAGUAAAUAUCCACAGGAGACUUGUUUGAGGUUAUUGUAUAGCAUAUUAGCUUGAAACCAUUCUUUCCAAGUGCCUCACUCAUUUGUUGUAACAGAGGUUUUGAGUGAAGAGUGAGUGAUGCAAUUUCAAAAAGGAUUCAGUGUGUGUGCGUGCACCGAAUUUAUUUUCUGUCGAGCUGCAUUUUGAGGCAUUCCGGGAAUGUCUAUGUGUGGUUGAGUCCUUGGACAAUUUGUCUUCGUUUUAACCCAAGCGUGCAGCUCUAAUGAUAAUUUUGUCUAUUUUACAAUAGCUGUUCGAUAAUGUGUGAUAUUAUGUAAGGGAAGCCAUAUUGUGAUGUAGAUCUCAGAAUUUUUGGGGUUUCGAUUUUAGAGUUUAAUUUCUGAGUAAGAUAGACAUGAAAGAUCAAUCUAUCUUAUAUCAGCAGUGGUGUGGCCACUUUUAUUUUCCUGUCACAUGUGAUGUUUUAUGCAUUUUAUUUUUGUGCCUCUGUUAAGUUUUGUCAUUGACAUGUUCUUAUUUUCUCUUAACAUGAGACAAGUGUGAAUCAAUGGCUGCACUGUGUUGUAUGUUUUUUUUUUUUUAUGUAUUUUAACCGAUAUAGUAAAAGUUUCAUCUGUCAGUAUAUUAGUUAGCAAAGACUUUGUAAAAUUGUUUUUCAAACACCAAAGGAAGUAAAUACCUAGCUGUUACAUCUUAA